UACAAGCAUCUGUUCAAGAUGUUUCAGUUUAUGCUGCUUUUCAGCCGUCAAGGUAAACUUCGACUGCAGAAAUGGUACACGGCCUCUAGUCAGAAGGAGAAGAAAAAGAUCACACGGGAUUUGAUCACGACUGUUCUUGCUCGGAAACCGAAGAUGUGCAGUUUCCUUGAGUAUAAGGAUCUAAAAGUUGUAUACAAAAGAUACGCCAGCUUAUAUUUCUGUGUAGCAAUAGAGAAAGAUGAUAAUGAACUUCUCACACUGGAGAUAAUCCACAGAUAUGUUGAGCUUCUGGACAAAUAUUUUGGAAGUGUUUGUGAGCUGGAUAUCAUUUUUAAUUUUGAGAAGGCUUAUUUUAUGUUGGAUGAACUGAUUCUUGGAGGAGAGAUCCAAGAAACAAGCAAGAAAAAUGUCCUGAAAGCAAUAUCAGCCCAAGAUCUUCUUCAGGAGGAAGGGGAACUUCAACGUACAUUGGAGGAAAUGGGUCUGUCAUGAUUGUGCAAGUUACCUGCUGAAGGGAGGGAAGGCUGGUGAUAUUAGUAAUAGCCUCCUUUUCUUGUCCCUGGUAGGGUAGGGGUUUCAGUAUUUUGUUUUUCUCAGUACCCUCUUAACCAUUGUCAAAAAUUUAAAAAACUGUACUGAGUCAAAGGAGUUUGUUGAUUGAAUGAAUGGAUGCCAUGCACUUUCAAGUUUCAUUUAUCUGAAAUCCUCUAAUGCUCUGUAUCUCUGCAGUAGGUUUCUUAGUGAGUGGUUGAAUUAAUCAAACACAAUUGUUAUUCAUAGGCUCGUAUGCAACUUAAACGUUGUAAAUUUGUUGAAGUAUUAUUAAAGCUAUUAAUAAAAAGUUGAAAUUGAUA